CAAGGAUCCAGGUCUGCAAAAUACCAAAUUACAAAGGGUUUCUCUUUCCAGAUAUACUUCCAGAACACUGGCUGUCAUCAUGAGUCAACUACGGCUAGGAUAUCUGUGCACCUGGCAAUUGAUUGAUGCAGAAGACAAAGCAUGCCCGCACUGUGAACAGUAAAAAAAGGUCUACGAUGGGCUGGCAGGCUUGGCGUUGGGCAGCCGCUGUAGCGGCAGUGUUCUUCUUGGUAACCCUGGGCUGCGGACCUCAGGGGGCGAGUUCCCUCCGCUGCUACAAAUGCAACAACUGCAUCAAAUAUGAACUGAGCCAGUCACAGCACUGCGCCUCUACAGACACGCACUGUAUGAAAAUGGACAUGGAAACCGGGACGGUACAGCGUACUUGCGGCACAGAGGAAAUGUGUCAAGAUAGUGGAAAGAUGAUGAAAACUCACUACACAAAAGUCAGUUGCUGCAGCGAAGAUAAUUGCAACGGAUCUGCGAGUUUAACUCCUGCUCCCCUGCUAAUGGGCCUCCUGAUGAUACCAGCAGUAGCAGCCACUGGAACCCUUGUUAUUCGGCGCUUCCUGGCUGUAACCUUCUGCUGAUCGUGUGUUUCUGCUUAAUGUCUAGCUCGUUGGAGAUAUUUAAUUUGGCUUUAUGGUGUGUUUGUCUUUCUGAUUAAUUUAACGCCAUCUGUCCACAGUAAUCUUGCACUUCCCUUUUUCUGUCUUUUGCACACUGAUUUCUUUUGGCUUUUUUAUCUUUGUCGAAGCCCUGUUGUAUAUCUCACGAAACGUUGCACAUAAUAAAGCAGAUAACAAAUGGUUGAUAAGCUGUUCUUCCUUCUUACUCUCUUAACUACUAAUAUUAAAUCGACUGUUUAAUAGAUUUUUAGUCUCUUGAUUACAUCAUUAUUGCUUUAUCAUUACGGUAUUAAAGCAUUUUGCAGAUCAGAUAAUAAUGUGUCAGUCAUUUUAAAUUGUUAUGUCAUUACCAAAUCAUUAGAAAUAUUAAGUUAAUUAACGAAAAUGUCAGUGAAUGCAAAGUAAUUUCGUCAUUAUCACUUCACAAAAUGUUUUGCUGAUCAAAUGAAAAUGCUCUGAGCGUAAAUUAUAUUAAAAUGUCAUUGACAAGGUAUCAAAAUUAUUUUUUAUUACAUGAAGUAUAAUUAAAACAAUAGACUUUAUUCAUCAAUAAAUAUUUUAUUAAUAGGAUGAGUUAUCAUAAAAUGUAAAUAGUAUAUUCUGUUAACAAAUGGUCAUUAAUAUGGUUAUUGUGAUCAGACAGAAAAUCGUAGAGUAUAAAAUUUGUUAUUACAGUAUUAUCAUGCCAAUAAAACAUUUUGAUAAAUGGAUUGUACUAUGAUUUACAUUGCGUUAUAUUUGUUAUCUUAUGUGACUUUAAUUAUACUUCAUGUGCUGCAACUGCCGACAGAGCUUUGCAAUAUUGGCCAAGAAAAGUAAGAGAAGUUUGUUGCUGGGAAAAUGGAUGCAAUAGGUGAGACCUUCAGUUUCUGAGCUUUUCUUUUUAGCUUAAUUAUUGUUUGGAAUACUUGAUGAUACUAGUGCAACCAUGCCGUCAAAAAUGACAGUGAAUGAAAGGGUCGAAACGGUCAAUCACGUCAAUAUGGACGUCACGUACUGCAUCGGAGUCCUGUAAAGGUAAUACUUACUCUGAACCUUACAUAGCGGCUGGUCCCGGACUGGACGAUGUCAGGGCUACAAGGUGGAAUUUAUCAACAGCAGGUUAUCGGUGCUAGAAACAGAAAAUCUUAUAGCGCAUGAAUGUUUUAAAUGCAAGGUCAAAACAGAUAAAAUGAGGGAAGUGAAGUUCAUUACUGUCACUUCAGAGAUAUUUUGGUAUCACACGCCUUAUUCCGAGAAACUGUAGUUUUUUUUUAUUAUUAUUAUUGCCUAUGCAAUUUCACUUUUAAAUUGAACUCAUCUUUGGUUUCUUAGCACAAGAGCUAACUAAUUCUACCGGAAAUUUAAAUUCGGUAGCAUCAUUUAGAGUAAUUCUAAAUAACGUUUACCUGUAAUAAUUGCAAUGAAACCUUGGCAAUUUCUACAUUAAAUUGAGUUAACUUUUGCUCCGAUUUCCUUACAUUUAUCGUGCAUGAUUAAAGUGGAAAGAGAAAAAUCAGUAGAAACAAAUGGAGCGAGGUUAAAACGAAUCAAAGUCGAGACAAAUUCAUUAGGGUUCUUCAACAUUUUUAUGGAAAUAUUAUAUCUCUCAACCUGCUAUCAUUAUAGGCUGCAAACAAGUCUCCAUCAAGGAAAUUUAAUGUAUGAUAAUGUAUUUAUGGUCUCAUUAACGUUUAACUUCAUCAGAACUAAUCAGCUUUAACUUAUCGUUCUCGUUUAAUCGUGUAUGUUCAGUAGUACUUCUAUGUCAUCAUGAAAUUGUUAUUACUCAUAUGUGUUUUCGUAAGAAAAAAAAAUGUAGUUACUUUCUGGACUUCUGUAAGGUAUUUGUAGAUAACUAGUAAUAUAAGGUCAGGUAGUAAUAAUAAACAGAA